CACACACACACACACACACCCCCACACACACACACACACGCACGCACGGGCAUUUUCCUCCGCGCAGCCUGAAGGACGAACUGAGCCGAAAAGGAGCCGAAAACAAACGGAACAUUUGGAAAUAUCGAAACAGGGAAGUUGGACUCGGGCGCGUCGGUUUUUUUGCGGGUUGAAAGUCGGUCAGUCAGCAUGUUCAGCUGGGUGAAGCAGGAGCAAGGUGGCCGCAACAAGGACGGAGAGAUGUACCAGACGGUGACGGAGGGACUGCAGAGCCUCUACACCAGGAAGCUGCUGCCGCUGGAGGAGACCUACCUCUUCCACGACUUCCACUCCCCGGCGCUGGAGGCCGCCGACUUCCAGAGCAAGCCCAUGGUGCUGCUUGUCGGCCAGUACUCCACCGGGAAAACCACCUUCAUCAGGUAUCUGUUGGAGCACGAUUUCCCGGGGAUGAGGAUCGGUCCGGAGCCGACCACCGACGGCUUCAUCGCCGUGAUGUACGGCGAGAACGAAGGCGUCGUCCCCGGCAACGCUCUGGUGGUUGACCCGAAGAAGCCCUUCAGGAAACUCAACGCGUUUGGAAACUCCUUCCUCAACAGGUUUAUCUGCUCUCAGAUGCCCAAUCAGGUUCUUCAGAGCAUCAGCAUCAUCGACACUCCCGGUAUCCUGUCAGGAGAGAAACAACGAAUCAGCAGAGGUUAUGACUUUGCGGAGGUCCUGCGUUGGUUCGGGGAGCGGGUGGACCGGAUCAUCCUGCUGUUCGACGCCCACAAGCUGGACAUUUCUGACGAGUUCUCCGAGGCCAUCAGAGCCUUCAAAGGACAAGACGACAAGAUCCGAGUCGUCCUGAACAAGGCUGACCAGGUGGACACCCAGCAGCUGAUGCGGGUGUACGGCGCCCUCAUGUGGUCACUGGGGAAGGUGAUUAACACCCCGGAGGUGGUGAGAGUUUAUCUGGGCUCCUUCUGGGCCAAGCCGCUGCAGAACACCGAGAACAGGCGUCUGUUUGAGGCCGAGUCUCAGGACCUGUUCAGGGACAUCCAGAGUCUCCCGAGGAACGCCGCCCUCCGUAAACUCAACGACCUCAUAAAGAGGGCUCGUCUGGCCAAGGUGCACGCUUACAUCAUCAGUUACCUGAAGAAGGAGAUGCCGUCGCUGUUCGGGCGGGAGAAGAAGAAGGACGAGCUGAUCAUGCGGCUGCCGGAGAUCUACACCAUCCUGCAGAGAGAGCAUCACAUCAGCCCCGGGGACUUCCCCAACGUCGCCAAGAUGCAGGACAUGCUGCAGCACUACGACUUCAGUAAGUUCCCGUCUCUGAAGAUGAAGCUGAUCGAGUCGGUGGAUAAGAUGUUGGCCACAAAGAUCGCCGUUCUGAUGGCGAUGAUCCGGGAGGAGGAGUCCAAGCAGCCGCCGGCCAUGGUGUCGGGGGGCGCCUUCGAGGGCUCCCAGGACGGGCCCUUCGGUCAGGGCUACGGCGAGGGCAUCAGCGCCGGGGCCGACGCCGAGGACUGGAUCGUGAGCCGCGACAAGCACCGCUACGACGAGAUCUUCUACACGCUGAUGCCCGUCAACGGCAAGAUCACCGGCGUCAACGCCAAGAAGGAGAUGAUGAACUCGCGGCUGCCCAACACCGUGCUGGGGAAGAUCUGGAAGCUGGCCGACUGCGACCGGGACGGCAUGCUGGACGACGAGGAGUUCGCCCUGGCACAGCACCUCAUCAAGAUCAAGCUGGAGGGCUACGAGCUGCCCACCGAGCUGCCCGACCACCUGGUGCCCCCGUCCCACCGCAAAAACCCCACCGCAGACACCCUGUACAACCACGCCGAGGACUAGAGCGCCAAGAGACUGACUGAGCUGAGGAGAGGUCCAAAUGUAAAAUAUCACCACAGGUCAACAUUUCUGCCGCCGACGUUCGGACUGAGAGGGGAACGAAUCAGCAAACCGACGGCUACGGAAGGUCAAAGGUCAAAGUCUGGGCUUUUUAUACUGAGGAGCUCGUCAACAUCGCAUCUCAUUGCACGUCUAAAUAACUGGGCAGCAAGCAAACAAAGAAAGAAACAAAGAGACUGAGUCAAAAAUAUUCUGCUUUUAUUUUGGUAAGAGUUUAAUUAUUGUGCAAUUCAGCUGAAUUCCAAACACCAAAGAAGAAAAGUGACAAACGUGCUGCAAAACGUAGCCUCACGUUUGACUAAUCCUGGUUUCAUUUGGAUGCUUUUAUUGUGAAAGAAAUACCCUCGUAUUUAACCUUUUUAAUCAUUUUUCCCGCCUUAUUUUUCCUUCGUUUUCGUUUAUCAAAAUGCCACAAUACGCGGGCAACACGCGGCGGCGACGCUGCUGAUCACCUGCGAUGCAAACCGAGAGCUGGACUGUUUCACACGCACCGGUGAAUCCGGUGGGGCGCUCGGUCGGGCCGGGAGCUGGGUCAGAUGAGGUUGAGGUCGUGUCGACCCUCGGUCGGUCAGAGCAGAAAACGGAAUCAGACGCUGCCCAAGUCCCGUUUGGUUAUUAAAGCAUCGCUUCUUCCGCGGAUGAGGUGCAGCCCAGAGUGCGGAGAUAAAGGGGAGUUAUCCGCAGGCGACAAUCGCUGCGACGCGAUUGUUUUCUCUCCGCUGGCUGCAGGAUUCGGGAUAUGAUACCGAUACGUUCGCCGUUUUUCUGACCGGUGUUUCCGUUUAAGAAGUGCGACCGUUAACAGAAUUAUAAUCCCCUGCUCCAGAAGCCUGGGACCUCUGCGUUCAGUUGAUCAACUCGUUAGCAUCUCAUUAUUUCUCUCCGCCGUCUGACCCCCCCCCCCCCC